AGCUACCAUCUCAACAAAACUUGCGUCAUUUUAAAUUAUUGUAACGUUGAAAUACCCCAGCUGGCCGGCAUACACUUUUUGGAACGAAGCCCGAAGGAAGCUUCCUUUGAUUGAGAUUAGGCAAGAGACUUUGCCGAGGUUAUUAGCUCAGCUCUAUAUAAGUCAUCAGGCAGCCGCGUGUGUUAUACGUACCUCACUGGAGGCAGCUAGCCUUGAGCCCUUGACGGCAAUAUGGCGGCCAAUAUCAAGCUGGCCGGCAUACACUUUUUGGAACGAAGCCUGAAGGAAGCUUCCUUUGAUUGAGAUUAGGCAAGAGACUUUGCCGAGGUUAUUAGCUCAGCUCUAUAUAAGUCAUCAGGCAGCCGCGUGUGUUAUAACUUAUACGUACCUCACUGGAGGCAGCUAGCUUUGAGCCCUUGACGGCAAUAUGGCGGCCAAUAUCAAGCUGGCCGGCAUACACUUUUUGGAACGAAGCCUGAAGGAAGCUUCCUUUGAUUGAGAUUAGGCAAGAGACUUUGCCGAGGUUAUUAGCUCAGCUCUAUAUAAGUCAUCAGGCAGCCGCGUGUGUUAUAACUUAUACGUACCUCACUGGAGGCAGCUAGCUUUGAGCCCUUGACGGCAAUAUGGCGGCCAAUAUCAAGGUCAAAGUAAGUGGUUCGCUCUAUUUGCCCUGGAUCCUAGUCAAGGAAAAGGAGAAACUCAAUACAAAAUUCACAGCAAUGAUUAGUGUAAAAGCACCACCAUCGGUACAUAGUGAUGCCCUCAUACCGAUACACCUAGUUGUGGUGGUAGAUGUCUGGAAGGGUACAAUAGACGAUCUGCUAAAGACGAUGAAGUUCAUCAGUGGGGUGUUCAAUGAAGAUGCGGACAAAGACCAGAUUUGCGUCGUUGAUGCAUGCGAAUUCAAGAAUAAGAAGUUGACCAUUAUUGAUAGUUGGAUAACUCAUGCACGAGAAAACCAGAUAAAUUACGUGCCCGAGAGUGGAACUGAUCUUAGACUACUUUUGGGGCGCGCCGUCGAGAUCCUGGAUAAUAAGAGUGAUGGUGCCAAGCGUGCUGGCUUCAUCCUCCUCCUGUCGGAUGGAGGGAGCCAGCAAAAGUUUGACGACAGUUCUAUGAACGAGCUCUUUAAGGUGCUGGGUAGCAAGUACCCGGUGCAUAUCUUCGACUUGGACAGUCGUCAUGACCCAGAGAUGCUGCAUUGUAUUGCCAAAAGAUCCAGAGGAACCUACUCCUCCAUCGACAACAGCAACAACAACAACAAGCUGAUGGAAGCCGUCGCCAUAUGCUUAGGCGGGCUCAAAAGUGUUGUGGCCAUCAACACGCGCGUCAGAAUGAGUGUAAAACGUGACGACACGAACCCAGACAGUGAGAGUAAUAUAAGCAGCCACUUCAAAAUAAAGAUCCAACCGGGGGACCACGAUAUCAGCGGGAGCAAGGAAGGUUUUCUCGUCGGCGACGGCGUCCUCUACGCUGGUGAGGUGAAGGACUUGAUCGUGGACAUUAAUUUUAGUACCAUUUGCAUUAGUUCACGAACCCGAUCAGCCACUCUUACUGCCACCGUGGAGUAUGAGGACAGUUCUAGUUCACUUAAGCAGGCAGCAAAAUGUAUCCUGCGGCUCCUAGUCACAGGAACCCACAAUGUGCCUGCCAUGACAGCGUACAAAGAGUGGGAGCAAUUGCUUCCCAAUUCCAUGGUCCUGCAACGGAUGAUCAUGUUGGAGGUGCUGGAAAAGCUGAUCGACGCGACGACGACCAAGACAGCAAAGAAGCAGAUGACGGGAAAGAAGAUUACGACGGGAGAGGAGCUGCGGAGCAUGUGGAGGAACCUAAAGAAGGAUGGAGAAUAUCUGAAGAAGGUGGUGGCCAAGAACGAGGAGAACAGUGACCUCCUCGACCUGCAGUGGAUCGACAAUGACAUUGAGGCGAUGGCGUCGUGCCUCGACGAGAAGGGGUUGGGGUUGGGCCACAUCUACUCGUGGGUGUCGAGGUACCAGAUGCAGCGCGCCACGACCACGGGCCUGCCACAGCCAACGAAAACCCCGUUCCUGACGCUAGACAUGGAGAAGAUGGUGGACAGAGCAAAGAAUUAUGAGCUGCCUAUCCAGGAGCAGGAGGACGCCGGCGAGACGGGCAGGAAGAAUGACGCGCCCCAGUUGAAGGCGGUGUCAGAGGAGGAGCCCCUGGAGGGUGACAAGUGUAAGCGUGCCCUAGAGCUGUUCAAACAAAUCGAAAGCCGGCUGACGUGGUACAGAAAAUGUCCGCCCGGGAGCUCCGACGGCUUGGUCUCCAUCGAGAAGAUUAUUCAGCAAGAAAUAUACGAGGACGCCAAACAAGCCAUCAACAAUUGGCAGAGGACCACUUCUGGCAGCGGCAGCGGCAGCGGCAGCGGCAGCCAGGAUGCAAGUAGCAAGCAGCUCUAGCUGGCGCCUCCUCUGCCCCUGCGUGAAGCGCCGCCAUCAGGCACCGGCCGGCGGCCACACCUAAAAAAAGAACAGUAGUUCUGAUAAUACGAUAUAUAUGAUUGUAGUGUGUAUCGGAUGUGUACGCCAACUGUAGCAACGGCAAACAUACUUGUCAUUUAGUGCUUGCUUUGCUUUCUGCUUGCAUUGUUAGUUUGAAACUGUAAUGGUAUAUAUGGCUACUGGUUCUUCAUGGUACUCAGUAAACAUGAAAUAAUUAAUGCUCUACAGGAGCAUGUUGAGUUGCUGCCUUUCUCCAACAAUUGACA